UCCACAUUUUGACAUCAACACAACAAGACGUCGAACUACGCACGAAUACGGCGCUAUGGGUGUUUCGCUUUCCUAGUCAAACGCGCACUCACACUUACGUGUCCGGCGGGACUUGUAUUGAUCCGAUCUGCUCGCUUUGUUUGCAAAUGCACUUGGUCUAAAUAGUGAUCAUACACAGAGGAGAGCAUGUGUGGAAAUAAUUAAACGGCAAAGGGGAUGGCUAGCUAGUUAACUCUGGCUAGCUAGCUUCCUACUUUCUGAACGCGCAAAAGACAAUUGAAAAACACUUUUUUUUCGCACCAGAUCCCAGGAGAACUUGGAAGAAGGGAAAGAGAGUCAGAAACCCGGAGGUGGGAAAGAGAUCGGAAUAAAGAAAAGAAACAAGCUGGAAAGAGGGAAAACAGAUCUUCUUACACGUCUACAUGUCGGGAAAUUUGGCCCGGUUCCCGCUAUAUGCGUGUCUGGGUGAACAACUUCAGUAUCCUUCGUUUGAAUGGCAAAUGCAAUGACUAUCCCACUACUGACUGCAAUAUGCAAUUCCCAGGGAGUUAUUUGGCAGUGAAAAUUUUUAGGAAUACCACCUCUUGGAUAAUAAAAACGUGGGGAGUAGUUCCCCAACAAGAGAAAUCGAAAUGAGUCAGUGCCAUCAUCAUGCCUGAUUCAGUGUGACCGGGACACCUGCCAGCACCCCAAGCCCAGGCCAUCGCCCUAAACACCCCAUGCCCCCACCCCCCCACAAAGACUGUGCCUGCCUCUCCCUCUCUGUGCCUCUCCUACACUCCCGUCCCCCCGUCCCCCUGCCGCCCCCCCUCCCCCCUCCCCUCUGCCGCCAUGUUGGGGCUGUGCUGGCGCAGGCAGAAGUGCAGCGGGCUGACUGCGCUGUCGGCGUUGGCGGCCUGCGCGGCGUGCGCGGUGCUGCUCCUCCUGCUCACGCGGCUGCGCGAGAGCGCCGCGGACCUGGCCGCGCAGGCCCAGCGCUGCAGAGACCAGCAGGAGGCGCUGUCCGCGCAGCUGCAGGUGGUGUAUGAGCACCGAUCUCGCCUGGAGCGGUCCUUACAGAAGGAGAGACUGGAGCACAAGAAGACCAAGGAAGAUUUCUUGUUAUACAAGCUGGAGGCCCAAGAAGCCUUGAACAAGGAAAAGCAGGACGCCAUGAACAGAUACAGUGCCCUCAGCUCCCAAAACAGUAUCCUCAAGAACCAGCUAACGGACAUGCGCACGCAGCUCCUGUCCCAGCAGACGGCCAAUGGGGAGCUGCAGCUGAGUCAGCGCAAAGCCCUGGAGGAGUGCAAACUCACGGGGGCGCUGCAGCGCACAGAGACGCAGGACCGCAUCCUGUCGCUGCAGGACAUGGUGAUGAAGCUGAAGGAGGAGAGCAGGCUGCUGAGGAAGGCUCAUCAGGAUGUCCACAGCCAGCUCGUCAAUGCCCAGGCACAGGUGGAGGGAUUCCAGCAGGGGAAGCAGCCCCCGCAGAAGGCUCCUGGAGGGAAGGGGCUGUCAAUCAUCCUGCCGCACAUCGACACGGGGAAACAGACGGGUCCUCAGCUGCGAGAGCUAAAGGAUUCAGUUGGAUCACCAAGCUCUGCCCCCGGAUUGAAAUUGCUAUUGGUUAAUUCCACACAGUCUGGACACCAUGGACAGGUCACAAUCGCUCCUCUCAGCCAAUCCAAACAGAGGACACAACUGGACAUUGGGUUGGUUGGCACACGCUCAACCAAUCAUAAGGACUCCAUGGUGAUGACCAUGGAUAAGUGGCCAGGUGAAGAAGGACAGGAACAUCAAUUAGACAGUUGGAAUAGCUUGAACAGGAAGAACAAUUACAACCAGAGUCCGGACAAGAAUUUCCUCUCAGCGAAUCAGAGGGCUUCGUCUAAGCACUGGCGAGGUGUGGCAACCAAUGAGAUUAAGAGCACGGUGCCAGAAGAGAUUAAUGAGGACAGAGAUUUUGUAGAAAGGCUGGAUAAUGGAGAUCUGGAAAUUGACUCCCAGGGGGAAGAGAUGGCACAGGGCCCGGGCGCCAUCGCCCAGGAACCAAUGGAGGACGGGAGAGUGGGAGAGACGGAAGAUCAGCUCGAGGAGGAGGAUGAGGAAGACGACGACGGCGGAAACGAGGAAGAAUAUUAACACCCAGAGCUGCCUUUUGCCCUUUCCGACAAACCGCCUCUUCUUUCUCCCAGUCGCAGUUCAGCCAUGCCACUUUACCUCAAUUCUCCACCGUUGGCCUUUACCUCUCUCUCGUUCUCUGUGUCUCGCCCCUUCAUACUACUGCUCCCUGCUUCUGCCUCUCUCCUUAACCCUUUGAAGAGUAGGUUUUUUUGGAAUGUUUUUUUUUCUUCUUCUGAAUUCCAAGUCAGUGUUCUAGAACUCCAGUUCUAUCAAUCCCCAGCAGUGACUGUUACAUCAGCAUUAGAAUGUUCAGUUAACAUUCGAAUCACAGUUAUCACUACUCCUUAACAGGUUAAUACAUCACUACUUACUGUGAGUUAUAUUUCAGGAAAUAAUGUUGCCUUAUCAUUCCAUUUUCCCUCACAGGGAACAGUUGGAAACCAGUAGUUAUACUUUAUUGGACUGGAGUCACACUUGUUUGCAUCAGAUGAAACCAGUUUAUCGAUGUGCGUACAAGUUACAUUGCAGCUAUUAAUACUUUGACUGUUAUAUACAGGUACAUGUGAUUUGAAAACAAAUCUUUUUUUCUCUGAAUUAUAAUCCAGGCAGUGGUUAGUUGAUGCUUUUUUCUACUUUUUUAUACAACUUUUUUCCUUCAUAAAGGAGCAAUAGUGUUUUAAUGGUUAACUUUUCACUUUUACUGAAAUGUCAGUACAGUUGAACACGUGUUGCCACAAAGUUUCCAUUGUGUAUGAACAGGCUGAAAACAAGAAGUAUGAAAGCAAUAGUAUUGUUUCUCUAUAAGUACCAAUUUGUUUAAAUGUUAAAACACCAUUGUCUACUCUUUCAAUAAAAAGCAAGUUUGUAAAUAUCAGCCAUA